AUGGCGACGGUCAGGUCGGCGUCCGUCAGCGGCGGCGGUGGCGGUGUUGGCGGUGCCGCUCCUCGAACGGCCACAAUGUUCGCGUGUGUCACGACGCUGUCGAACACCCUCCUGGGAGUCAGCGUGGUCGGGGUGGCGGGAGGCUUCGCCAGAGCCGGUUGGUUGAUUGGGACGUUCUACCUGAUGGUCUUCGCGUGCCUCGCCGGCAGCGGCCUGCACCUGUUGGCCAGGUCGUCCAUGACGGUGUCGGCGUUGGCGAAGCGUAAAGAGGACGCCAGGGAAGAGGCCGAGGGUGGGGGGGGCGGGGGGGGAAAGGGGGGAACGCGGUGUAUCCCACCCAGCUCGUUCCGCGCUGUGGCACUUGUCGGAGCUCCCAGGUGGGCGUUUCUGAUCGACUUGGCGGUUGCCCUCAAGUGCUUCGGCGUCGCCACGAGCUACCUCGUCGUGAUUGGGGACCUGAUGCCGACGGCCAUGGACGACAUCUUGGGCAGGUCCCACCCGGACUCCGUUCUCCGCGACAGGCACGUGUGGGUGACGAUCGGGUUCUUGCUCGCCGCCCCCUUGGCCUUCAGCCGGACGCUUGGCGCGCUCAAAUAUACCGCGACCCUAGCCAUCGGCCUGGUGGUGUUCCUCGCGGGCAUGGUGAUGUCCUUCUUGGUUCUGCCGGGAUUGGACGCUUGCCCCCCGGACGAAACCGUCGCGAUUUCUCUCAACGAGCCGGGAACCGCGGUGGAGGGCGUGGCGGCGGCGGCGGCGGGCGGGGAGAAUUCCUCGAGGGGGUUGCAGCUCCUCGCUUCCUCAGCCAGAGGGAUGCUGUCUUCUUCUCAAGCGGGGGCGGGGAUCAUGGAAGACAUCGCCGGGUUUGCGUCGGCGGGAGGCGAUUUCGAUUUCGGCGGCGGGGACGAGGAUGGCGGCAGCUGCUUCGAAGGCUCCAACGUCUUGGGCUCCGUGCAGACUAUCCUCCAGACGCUGCCGAUCUUCGUCUUCUGCUUCACUUGUCACCAGAACAUCUUCACGAUCUGCAACGAGAUAGUGCGGCCGACGCCCGCAAGGGUUGACACCGUCAUCGCCUGCUCCAUGGCCGUGGCCAUAGCGAUAUACAUGUCUAUUGCAUGGGGAGCUUACGCGACGUUCGGCGUCGGCGUGGAUGGGGACCUCCUAAAGACCUACCCGCGCACCGGUCUGCUCACGGCGGCUCGGAUCUGCGUGUCCAUGCUGGUGACGUCAUGCUACCCCCUGCAGGCACACCCGAGCCGGGUGUGCAUCCUGUCAACAUGGAAGGCGUUUUCCCUGGACAUGCAGGAGGCAUACUCCAGCCUCGCCACAGACGACGGUGCCGGGACAGAAAAGGACACCGCCGAGGACUCAAUCUCGCCGUCCCUCCGACGUCACAGAAACGCCUCCGGUCCGCCGGAAGCCCCCCUCUCCAGCACCGGCAGCGUCGUCGCAGAUGGCAGCACCGCCGCCUCGCCGAAUAGCCUUGGCAGUAGAGACGGGGGGGCGUCGCCGAGCUCGGACCCGGGACAGCGUGGCAAGAGGCGGCUGCUGGGCGGCGGGGAAGCGAUCGGUGGACCGACGUCUGCUGCCCAGGGCGGUGUCGGAGGAGACGGCCAUAACACGCGUUUCGAAUCACAAGAGGGGGGAGAAGAUGCGCGGCGGGGGACGGCGGAGGUAGAAACGCGGUUUUUGGGGGUGGAAGACCGCGAGCAGCGGGGGGAGCUACUAUCGGAGGGCGCCGCCGCCGCCGCCGCCGCCGCUCCGGACGAGGAGGCCGGCGUGGGGCGAGGGGGUGGGGAACACGUGGGGUGGCGGCAGCACCACCUCCAGGGCGACGCAGCGGAUAUUGAGUCGGCGGGGCGGGGGCGAACGUUCCCGAGAACGGUCUGUAGUGCAGGGCAGGCCGCCGUAGAGGGGGAGGGAGAGACGGCGUUCUGGACGUCACCGGAGGGGCUCCGACAUAUCGUGGUCACGGCGGCGUUUUUGGCGCUGUCGUACACGAUAGCGAUGGCGGUGAACGACCUGGGCGUCAUUCUGGAGGUUGUGGGAGCCACCGGAUCGACUACCGUGGCCUUCGUGCUUCCGGGCCUCCUUUACCUCAAGCUUCACCCGGAGCCGCACCCAAAGCGAAGCCUGGCUACGCUGCAGCUGGCUGUGGGUCUGCUCAUCAUCCCGGUCGCUUUGACUUUCAUCGCCCUCGGGCACUCUGCGGAAGGCCAGAGGUAGUCUUGAAGCGCAUGGUGAAAGAGACGGAGUGAUGGUACCCCCCCCUUAGAGCUCGAUUGCUCCACAAUCAAGGGAGCCCGAUAUGUGUACGGAAAGCCCUUGACGAGAUGUUUACGAAACCAGCGUGUGGGCGCAAGCCUGGUUGCGGAGCAAUCGAACUUCGAUAAUCGGUCAAGGGGGUGUGACAUGUCUCCGGCUUAAUGGUGAUGGCCGCGACACCUCGUGGGCGGAUGGGUUCCCACUUCCCUUCGUGUGCACUUUGUUGUGUGGUCUUGAAGUUGUUGUAGGUGUGGUGCUGUUUGUGUCAGGCUUGCCAUCUGGGCGGCAUGUCUGGGGCUGUACGUAGAUACCUUGUGAUACCCGUAGUGACGCACUAGGGUUUGGCACUGUGUUGUAGCGCCGGAGUGGGCCCAGAGGCAGAAGGAGAGGAUCGCAUUGCGUGCCCGAAACUUUCCGAAUUGGUCCACAUCGGUCUCGCUGAAUUAUGAUAUCUGUUGGCACUGACUUGUCUUUCUGGUGAGUAGUCUGGUGGGUGGAGUAGUUGUCCAUGUACGAAAAAACACAAGGUUAUUCUGCUGUUGUUUCAGCGUGUAGACCAUGUUGUUUGCGGGGAGUGGCCGGGUUGGAACUUGGAUCUGGUCCACGAGAUGUUGUUGUAGGUCACGGUGGAAAGCUAACAUCCACCCGGCUGAUCUCGCCUCUCGAGCUUGUGGCAUGUGUGCAAAGCGUGCUUCACUAGUGAAC